UUGGGGAGCGGAGUAUUCCUGUAAGGUUCAGCAUGUCCUCCUCCUUCCCUGCAAACGUGUACACUCGUGCACUUUCAUGCCUGGCCUCACCCCUGCAUUUACACUCUCCUUGUCACUUCCAGCAUGAAGCCCAGAACUCCCCAGCCUGGGAGCAGGCCCCUAGGGCCACCAAACCAGACUACCUGCCUGCCCUAGCUGCAGCCUUCCCGUCACCCACAGCCUCACCAGCCAUGCUUAACGUCUACCCUUUCCUCUGGGCAAAGUGACUCAGUUUACCAGGCUUAGAGAUCCCUUUGGGAACACAGAUGUGGAAAGGCCCCCAGAGUCAGUGUUUGCAACUAACUCCCAGUGGUCCCAGGCUGCUUUUGGGGAUGGGGGAGUCUGAGGUCCCCACACCCAGAGGAGCUCCCCUCUGUCAGUUUGUCCUUUGGAGGAACAACUAAAAUGGCUUGAACAUCUCUUAUCUGGUGGCACCCCCAUUUCAUAGCAGGGUGACUGAGGCCCGGAGAGGAGCAGGGCUGUGGGUAAGCUGGGGCGUGGCCAGGGCUAACAGUGGGUCGGGGGUCAGAAGCCUCUCCUCGGGGAGCAGCUGAGGUGUGGGCCACGGGCCCUGGCGACACACUGGGCAGGGAGGGAGAGGGGUAGGAGCCGAGGCUCUCUCCAGGGCAGAGCGCUCCCUGUCUAGGGUUCGGCCCUGGCUGGGGUAGGGAUGCCUGGACCCCAGGUGAGUGUGGGGGCUGCUGGUUCACUCACUGAUCCCAGCAGUGAGUUAGUGACUGCAGUAUCUUUUAAAUUUGCCCUGAUGUGGUUCCUAGUCUGCACCUCCCAUCCUGGCCUCAUCCUCCUCCCCACCCAUCCAGCCAGCCAACCCUGGGUGUCCUCACCUCUCAGCUCAGACUCCUGCUGACUUCUAGCUGAGACUGGAAGUGUCACCCCAAAGGGUCUUUCCAUUCUAUCAGUUUCUGGAGACAUGGGUGAUGGUUGGGUAGGCCCAGACCACACUUUCUGCACCCCUAAUCUCUUUGCUGUUCUCUCCUGGUCUGCCUGAGCUACCUGGAGCCCCUAUGUCCCUGGGGGCUGGGGCUGCUGCAGGGGCCAGCAGGGAGAGAAGAUGGCUGCAGCUGGGCGUCCAGCGGCUUCUCCUUCCUGCCUCUCCUUCCAGCAGCCUCGCCCUCGAGAAGCAGCAGUGGCAGGAAAGGUUGGCUAACUCCAAAGCCUCAGAGUGUCAGACCAGGGAGAGGCACCUUGCAACUCUCCACCCUCAGAUGAACUCCUUUGCUAAGUGACGGCCCCAGAGUCUGGUGGGAGAGGCUGAGGCUGUGGCCUGGCUGCGGCGGCCUUGAGCCCAGGCCCCUCCAGGCAGGAUGCUGCAUUCCUAGGUGAUCCCUGCCUGAUUGGAAAGUCCCUCACUCCAGGGCAGGAAAUCCCAGGGCUCAAGCCCACCUGCCCACCCCAGCAGCCUCCACCUCUUGAGUGGGUCUCAUCCAGCAGGCUCAGCCUGGUUGGGGGGAUUCCAGGCUCCCAUCCACACUGACUCCCCUCUCACUGCUGGCACCAUCUCUGCAGCUGCCACCACGUUCUUCUCCCCAGCUCUGACUUUGGACCCCACCAUUACCUCGCUCUGGAGUCCUCCGUGACUCUCCAUGGUUGACUCAGGCAAAGUCUAGCUCCUCUGAUGGCCAGUUAGGGUGUGCUUGGUGGGCUACCCUCAGAGGCUGGGCUCACACCCACGAGCCUUCGAUCUCACGGUCCCCCCGCCUGUGUGCUGUGUCCCGCUUCCUCUUCAUUCUUGCCUGUCCUUCGUGGCUCUGGCAGGAAGCCUCCAGACUCCCUCCAUCCCCCCACACCUCUUCUUGCCCACACAGCCUUGUUGGGUAAAGGGAGCCCUCAGCCAUGGCCUCGAAGACAAGGCUGGACUCCUCUGACAGCAUGUCCUUGUUACCAGAGACCGCAGAGACCCUGAGCAGAGACUCAGUAGAAAGGGGGCUAAAGUCAGAGCACCACUAGAUGUGGGCACUUGGGAUCCAUGGUGGGUGUUUGAGCAGGGAAUGAGCAGGCCAGAACUGGGCUUGAAGAGUAUCUCCCCUUUUGGGUAAAAAGGGUUGCUUCCCUUGGAAGUUCUGAGCCCUCUCUCCCGCCCGUUCAGGCCCCCCUCCACUGGGCCCAGACAGAGCAGGGCAGGGGUCAGUGGCCAGGCCAGGAACUCCCUGUGAGGUGACCUGUGCCCACUGCUCAGUUCUGCUGCAGGUGGGCACCCAGCCUGAGAGGAUGGGCACUGACCCUGCUCCUGCUGCUGCUCUCUGGCCGUGACCUGUGCCCCCCUAGGAGGCCCUGAGCCGGGCACCCUGGCCAUGUGCAGCGCUGAGGAGGCAGCCCUGCUGCGGCUGGAGGAGGUCUUCUCAGCCACCCUCGCCCGCGUCAACAGCCUUGUCCUCCAGCCCCUGCUGUCUGCCGCCCCAGAGCCGGCAGAGCCCCAGAGCAGAGAAUGCCUGCGGCUCUUGCAGCAGCUGCACAGGAGCUCCCAGCAGCUCUGGGAGGUGACGGAGGAAAGCCUGCACUCGCUGCGGGAGAGGCUGCGUCACCCCGACUCCACUGGCCUGGAGUCCCUGCUGCUGCUGCGAGGCGCGGACCACGUCCUGCAGGUCUACACCGAGUAUAUCGAGUCCUACACGAGCUGCAUAGUGGUGCAGGCCUUUCAGAAGGCAACAAAGAGGAGGAGCGAGUUCUGGCGGGCCCAGUUGAAGUCGCUGCGGCAGCUCCUGUCAGGCGUGGGCUCCAAGUGCUCGGUGGGCACAGCGCUGAUCCAGGCCCUCCGCCAGCCGCUCGCCCACCACGUGCAGCAGUAUGUGCUCCUCCUGCUGAGCCUUGCGGACGCCGUCCCGGAGCGCCACCCUGCGCGGGAGCUGGUGGUGAACGCGGCCACCCUCUUUGGGAACCUAGAGUCCUUUAUGAGGCAGGCGUUGGACCAGGCGGUGGCCACCCAGGCCCUCUGGCACACUCUGAGCAGCCGGCAGAGGGACGUGCUCUGCAUCCCCGCUCACCGACUCUUGCAAGACAGCCAGGACGUACCCGUGACGGUCACCCCGCUGCGGGCUGAGCGCGUGAUGCUCUUUGAUGAUGUCCUCGUCCUGCUGCAGGGCCACAAUGUCCACACCUUUGAUCUGAAGCUGGUGUGGGUGGAUCCUGGGCAGGACGGGUGUACGUUCCACCUCCUCACGCCUGAGGAAGAGCUCUCCUUUCGUGCCAAGGACCCCCAGGGCCAGGCGGUCUGGCAGUGGAAGGUGACCCAGGCCGUAUGCCAGGCCCUGCGUGGGAAGAAGGACUUCCCCGUGCUGGGGGCGGGCCUGGAGCCCUCUGAGCCCCCCGCCUGCCGCUGCGCCGCUCACACCUUCCGCGCGGAGGGCCGGUUCUGCCAGGCCACCUACGAGGGCGAGUGGUGCCGGGGCAGGCCCCACGGCAAGGGGACCCUGAAGUGGCCGGACGGGCAGAAUCAUGUGGGGGAUUUCCGCCAGGGCCUGGAGCAUGGCUUUGGCAUCCGCCUGAUGCCCCAGGCCUCCGAGGACAGGUUCGACUGUUACAAGUGCCACUGGCAGGAGGGCAGAAUGAGUGGCUAUGGCAUCUGUGAAUACGGCACCGAGGAGGUGUACAAGGGCUACUUCCAGGAGGGCCUGCGGCAUGGCUUUGGGGUCUUGGAGAGCGCCCCGCAGGCCGCCCGACCCUUCAGGUACACGGGCCACUGGGAGAAGGGCCAGAGGAGCGGCUAUGGCAUCCAGGACGACAGUGACAGGGGCGAGCGCUAUAUUGGCAUGUGGCAGGCUGACCAGCGCCACGGCCCGGGGGUCGUGGUCACCCAGGCGGGCGUCUGCUACCAGGGCACCUUCCAUGCGGACAAGAUGGUGGGCCCAGGCCUCCUCCUCUCCGAGGACGACUCCCUGUACGAGGGCACCUUCACCAAGGACCUGACCCUCAUGGGGAAGGGCAAGAUUACCUUCCCCAAUGGCUUCACCCUGGAGGGCUCUUUUGGCGGUGGGGCAGGGAGAGGACUGCACACACAGGGCGUGCUGGACACGUCUGCCCUCCCCCCGGACCUGAGCAGCAUCUGCAAGAGGCAGCUGGGUCUGGGCGCCUUCCCCGUGCAGAACCGCUGGCAAGGAGUCUACGGCCCCUUCCGUGACUUUGUGGCUGCCGGCUGCCCCGGGGACCUGCAGGAGGCCCUGCUGGGCUUCCACGUGCAGAGCUCGAGGGAGCUGCGCAGGUCCCAGGAUUACCUGUGCUGCGCGAGGACCCAGCCCGAGGACGUUGUGGGCAGGAUCAAGGACAGCCUGGCGGAGCUGCUGCGGCACCGGGAGCCCAAGGCCCUGCAGCGGCACCUCAGGAAGGCUCUGAGCAACUCGCUGCACCCCCUGGGGAAGCUGCUGCAGAGGCUGAUGCUGACCUUCCAGGCCACGUACGCGGGAGUGGGGGCCAACAAGCACCUGCAGGGGCUGGCCCAGGAGGAGGUGAAGCAGCAUGCCCAGGAACUCUGGGCUUCCUACAGGGGUCUCCUGCGUGUUGCCUUCCAGCAUAAGGGCCAGGCCCUGGAGGAGGAGGAGGAGGAGGAAGACGCAGAGACAAGAGACCUCCACGUACAUGGACUGGUGCUGCCCCUCGUGCUGCCCAGCUUCUACUCGGAGCUCUUCACGCUCUACCUGCUGCUUCACGAGCGGGAGGACAGCCUCUACAGCCAGGGCAUCACCAGUCUGAGCCUCGUCCCUGACACCAAGCUGCUGGAGUUCCUGGAGGUGCAGAAGCACCUGUGGCCCCUCAAGGACCUCACGCUGACGACCAAUCAGAGGUGCUCCCUGGUCAGGGACAAGUGCUUCCUGUCGGCCACCGAGUGCCUGCAGAAGAUCAUGACCACGGUGGACCCGAGGGAGAAGCUGGAGGUGCUGGAGAGGACAUACGGGGAAAUUGAGGCCACCGUGUCGCGGGUGCUGGGCCGGGAGCACAAGCUGCCCAUGGAUGACCUGCUGCCCCUGCUCAUCUACGUGGUGUCUCGUGCCCGAAUCCAGCACCUGGGAGCCGAGAUCCACCUGAUCCGCGACAUGAUGGACCCCAUCCACACAGGAGGCCUGUAUGACUUCCUGCUCACGGCCCUGGAGGUGAGGGACAGAGGCCGUAGGCCGCUGGGGUGGACCCCUGCCUCCCCCGGACACCGUCGUGGGGAUGAGCUGAAAUUCGCUGCUCACCUGUGUCUCCAUGGCAAGUCCUGCUAUGAGCACAUCCAGAAGGAAGACAUGAGGCUGCACCGCUUUCCCGGCCAGUGGGACUCCAGGGAGCUCUGGUAGCUUGGCCACUCCUGGACAAAGAGCUGGGCUGAGAGGGGCUGCUGUGUACCUCGCCUGGGACCAAGCACCGCGCAGUCUGUCCCUCAUCGCCCAAGGCCAAGGACAGGACACGCCCCUGGAGGAGAUGGGCGUUUUGUUUUGCACUGGGAGAUCUGCUGCUGCCCUGGCCGGGGUGAGGGUGAGGGGUGACAGGCAUGCCCUGGAGUGGGUGGUUUUCCCUUGGCCACUAGGCCAGUCUCCGAUGACCCCCUUAACCUGUGGCAGAUCACGGUCUGGGGGUGAGGAGCCCCAGGCUUCUCUUAGCCUGAGCCUUGCCUCCAAGUUGUUGAGCCUCUCUGGGCCUCGGUGUUGCCAUCUGUAAAUUGGUGCAGUGGGUGGUCUGUGAAGGACUGAAUUCCAGAGUCCUUUGGAAGUCUGACUGUAGUCUGUUGGGCUGUAACUGAAAUUCCCAUGUCACUGAU